AUGGUCCUUGCUGCUAGAAGCUCGCCAUUCGUGGGCAUUCGCACAUUGACAAGGCUCACAACGCUUCUGGUAUUGUCGCUAGCCAUCUUACGGUAUACCAUAAGCUUUAUUCCGUAUCAUCGACCUCAAAUACCAUCAUUCCAAAAUACUCGAUCCGUCUACAAUACAUCUAAGGUCGUCCUUCUAAUCGAACCUCGCCCAUUACCAUACCUUGUCCCACAACUCCUUCAUAUGAUUUCCGUGGUACCUUCCGACUGGCAUUUUGUCUUUAUCGGAUCCAGCGAGUCAGUCUCGAGUGUCAGUCAAAGUCAUUCCACCAGAUACCAGCAGGCUCUGGGAAAACUGAAACUCAUGACCCUUCCCGAGCCUUGGUAUAUCGAAAGCAAGGAAGGCGUCUAUCGAGCUCUCACUGACAGACGGUUUUACGAGGAAUUUCUGCCUGACGUGGAGUGGCUGUUACGGUAUGACGCUGAUAGCAUUCUGUGCGCAAAUUCGGGGUCAAGUCUCAACGACUGGUUAGGUUGGGAUUGGGUGGGAACGCUGGGAUCACCAGAGGAUAAAGCUUUCAGCAAUGGUGGGCUGUCUCUCCGUAAGGUAUCAACUAUAAAGACUAUGUUGAUGUCUCAGAGGCGCGUCAAUGAUUCAUGGCCCGAAGACGAGUGGUUCGGAAACAAGAUAAGGACGUUACCAGGCGCCCGGGUGGCAUAUGAUUUAAAGGAUCAACUUGCCAUUGAGCAUGCUUAUGUCGCUGGUGUUAUGGGCUUCUAUUUGCGAGAUGGCGGCAGCGUGCUGCCUGACACUGUGUGGAAUGACACUGUGUGGAAAGACCCUGCGCAGCGAAAGGCCAUAUUUGAAUAUUGCCCGGAGCUCAGCCUCAUUAUGGAUAUGAAACUUGAAGUAGAGAGAUGCCCUCCAGGCUAUGAGUGA